CUUUCAUUUUCCCCUUUUCUACCAGUCAGACGCAGUCCAGCCAAACCAAAAUGCAAUUUCUGGUAUGAAACCACAAGGCUGAAAUGUCGUCAGGUUGAUGGGUUAUAAGCUCUUUGCCUGUCCCAUUUUCGAGCUCAUGGGUUUCUCAAACAACUGUAUCCAAUGAGGAUUCUUCUCUUUCCUUCGCUUUUCUUGAUACCCUUACUCCAAAUUUUAUCAGUUAGACAUGUUGUUCUCUUGGCCUCUGGUCAAUGUCUUGCAGAUCAGAGGUCCCUGCUGCUGGAACUGAAGAACAGUCCCACGUUCAACUCCACGAGUUCAACCAAACUGGCGCGCUGGAACAAUAGCAAGGACUGUUGCCUUUGGGAUGGGGUAGGAUGUGAUAGAUUGGGUCAUGUGAUCAGGCUGGAGCUUGAUAACCAAACCAUUUCUGGACUACUGGAGAAUUCGAGUAGUCUGUUCAAUCUUCGGUAUCUUGAGAGAUUGAAUUUGGCUUUCAACAGCUUCAGCUCUACUAUUCCCACCGGAUUAUUUAAACUUACAAAUCUGACAUACCUGAACUUGUCUGGUGCUGGUUUUGUUGGGCAAAUUCCGCGGGAUUUGGCUAGUAUGAGCAGGUUGGUUACUCUUGAUCUCUCAACCCGUUUUCCUGGAGUUCAGCCACUGGAAAUGGAGAAUCCAAAUCUACAAACACUUUUUCAGAACCUCUUGGAGCUCCAAGAACUUUACCUUGGUGGUGUCAAUAUUUCUGCUGAGGGGGGUGAGUGGGGCAAUGCCUUAUCAUCUUUACUCAAUUUAAGAGAAAUCAGCUUGUCCAGCUGUCGUCUUUCAGGUCCUAUCAGCUCAUCCAUUUCAGAGCUCCACUCACUCUCAAUCAUCAAUCUUAACAACAACAACCUCUCAGCUGCAGUUCCAGACUUCUUUGCAAAUUUCGCGAAUUUGACAUCAUUAAGUCUCAGCUCUUGUAAUCUGCUGGGAGAAUUUCCAAAGAAGAUACUCCGGUUGCCACUGCUGCAGGAUAUAGAUUUGUCAAACAAUAACUUCAUUACAGGCACUUUGCCGCGGUUUCCCGAGAGUGGAUCUCUCAAGACAAUAGUGAUUAGUUCUACCAAUUUUUCGGGUUCAUUACCAGAUUCCAUUGGUGUCCUUGGAGAUUUGUCAAGGAUAGAUCUGUCAAAUUGCAAUUUCACAGGACCGAUUCCAUCAACAAUGGCAAAUCUCACAGAACUGGUUUAUGUGGAUUUGUCAAACAACCAGUUCAACGGUUUAAUCCCGUCAUUUGGGAUGUCCAAGAACCUCAAUCACUUGGACCUCUCUCGCAAUGAUCUAACAGGCAACAUUCCUUCCGCUCACUUUGAAGGCUUUGCAAAUCUUUCCUUUAUUAACUUGGGAUAUAAUUCCUUCACUGGAAAAAUUCCACCAUCUCUGUUUGCUCUUCCAUCCUUGUGGAAACUCCAGCUUGCCAACAAUAAUUUCAUAGGCACAGUCGAAUUUCCCAGUGCAUCCUCCCCUUUCUUAGAUACACUUGAUUUGAGUGGCAACCAACUUAAUGGUUCAAUUCCAAUGUCCAUUUUUGAACUGCAAAGGCUCAAUGUACUCUCACUUUCUUCCAACAGAUUUAAUGGCAGUUUGCCACUUCAAAUUAUAAACGGGCUCCGAAACCUUACAACACUUGAUCUUUCUUACAACAACUUAUCAAUUGAUGCAAGCAGCGGUAAUUCAACCGUGUCCACCUUCCCUCAGCUCAGUGUACUGAAAUUAGCUUCUUGCAACUUGCAAAAGUUUCCAGGGCUAAGAAACCAGUCCAGGAUGAUCUAUCUAGACCUUUCAAACAACCAAAUUGCUGGAGAAAUACCUAGAUGGAUAUGGGAAGUUGGUGACGGAAGUCUUCAAUAUCUGAACCUUUCCUGCAAUCACCUAGUGGAUCUCCCCAUGAAUGCCACUAUGCCCAAUCUGUCUGUGCUUGACUUGCAUUCUAACCAACUUCAAGGUGAGUUUCCAAAACCACCAGAAACAGCUAUAUAUGUGGACUACUCAAGCAAUAAGUUCAGCAAUUCCAUCCCACAAGAUAUUGGGAACUCUCUUAUUUUUGCUGUUUUCUUUUCUAUUUCAAACAACAGCAUUUCCGGAGUUAUCCCUCGGUCCAUAUGCUAUGCAAGUUACCUCCAAGUUCUUGAUUUGUCUAACAAUGUUUUGAGAGGCAGCAUACCAGACUGUCUAUUCUACAAAAUGGAGAAUCUCGAGGUUCUGCAGCUAGGGAGAAACAAACUGGGUGGUAUCAUUCCAGAUAAAUUUCCAAUUAACUGUGUUCUCAAAAGUUUAGACCUUAGUAAAAAUGUUCUAGAAGGACGGGUUCCAAGAUCCCUGGUCAAUUGUACAUCGUUGGAAGUCCUCAAUAUUGGCAGCAAUAGAGUUGAAGAUACUUUCUCCUGCAUGUUAAAGAACUUGGCUAGUUUGCGGGUACUAGUUUUGCGAUCCAACAAGUUCUACGGAAACCUCAGCUGUUCAUUGGCCGAUGAUAGCUGGCAAAACCUUCAAAUCAUUGACCUAGCUUUCAACAACUUCAGUGGCGCUCUAUCCCCUAAAUGCUUCUCUAAUUGGAGAGGAAUGAUUAGCCAUGUAGAAAAUGGGCAAUCAGCACAGGACCAUCUGCAUUUUACUGUCUUGAAGCUUAGUAACAUAUACUAUCAGGAAACUUUGACGGUAACGUUCAAAGGACUAGAGCUGGAGUUUAGGAAAAUUCUGUUGAUCUUCGCAUCCAUUGAUUUUUCAAGCAAUGUUUUUGAAGGAAGCAUCCCAGAGACAAUAGGAGAACUCAGAGCACUUUAUCUUCUCAACUUAUCACAUAAUGGUCUCACCGGCACAAUCCCAAAAUCAAUUGGGAACUUGACCCAGCUUGAAUCACUAGACCUCUCAAUGAACCGGCUAAGUGGAAUGAUACCAGUAGAGAUUGCCAAUCUGACAUUCCUCUCAUCCUUGAACCUAUCCUUUAAUCAACUCCUUGGAAGUAUCCCCUGGGGGCGCCAGCUUCAAACGUUUACCGAAACUUCUUAUGAGGGAAACAAAGGGCUGUGCGGCCCCCCUUUGAACUUCAACUGCAAGGGCAAUAACCAUGCUCCGGUGCCUUCCUCUGUAGAUGCGAAUUCAGUGAUUGAGACUGGAUUUGAUUGGCAGUUCAUAUUCACUGGUCUGGGUUUUGGUGUUGGAGCAGCAGUUAUCGUUUGGCCACUAAUUGUCUGCAAGGAAGGGAGGGACUGGUCCGAUAAGCAUGUAGAAAGAAUUCUGCUGCUGAUUUUUCCAAGAUACAGGUUCUGUUACACCAGGUAUGAUGAAGGAAAGGUAAACGCAGUGGAGAAGUCGGAGGAUGAGUUCCUGGACGACACAGAAGAUUCUGAUGGAGAUGAAUUCGAGCUAGAACACGAGGCAUUUGGAGGUAAGUAUUGUGUAUUCUGCAGCAAACUUGACGUUCACAAAAAGAGAGCCGUACACAAUCCAAAAUGCACCUGUCAUACUUCGCCCAUAUUUUUUACUUCUCCAACGUCUUCUUCCUCUUUGUUAGUUCUGUAUCAUCAACAUUUUUGACAUUUUUAUUCUUUUUUCAAUGUUAUUGUACAUAAAACACACAGCGCAUUUCAACCCUUGAACGGGGAUGAUGACUGUAUGAAAAUUAAGAACUCUGAACAUUAAUUAAAUC